UAAAGGAGGAGCGAACGAGAGAGAGAGAGAGAGAGAGAGAGAGAGACACACACACACACACACGUUACGAAGAACGAACGCACGCACGCACGCGCGCGCACAGAAAAGCGCACGCGACAGCAGCAGGAGGAGGAGGAGCGCUCGGGCUCAUAAGCGGGCACGCGGAGGAGGAGCGGGUGCGCGCUCGGUCUGUCUCUCUGCGGUGCGGAGCUGGAACACAGAGCUGCGUCUGUCUCUGCUUUAAUCCUUCAUUCUUUUCUUUUUGGUUUUUUUUUCCUCCUUUUUUUUCGGAUUCACACCAGAGGGACUGGAGCCCUUUGUGUAUUUCUUGUUUGUUUGUUUAUUGUUGUUGUUUUUUAUUCCUAUUUAUGUUCCAAGUUCGGACCUGAGAUUUGUGCACUGACUUUUUUUCUUUUCUACCUCCGUUGUUUUUUUUUCUCCUACUUUUCCUUUUUAUGCAAGUCGUGCACCAACUCGUGCAUUAUUAUUAUUUUUAUUUUAUAAAAAAAAAAGACAAGUUCCUUUGUGCUGUUAAAUUUUUUUUUAAUUAUUAUUUUAACUUUUUCCACGGCGUCGGUGUAAAAGUGGAGGACUUACCCAGAGUGUUGCAUGCGCUUUGAGUAGAAGGAGAAGGAGAGGUGCGUUUUUGGCACGCUUACGCAGAAGCACACGCACAGCAGCGGAGACGCGAUGAGCGCCGAGGUGCUGCCCACAAGCCCGCUCGGCCUGGUGGACUACGUCAACGACUUCGACCUGCUCAAGUUCGACGUGAAGAAAGAGGCGCUGCACGGGGUGGUCAACGGCGGGACGCGCGCCUGCCCCUCUCGUGUGCAGCAGCCCCAGGGCUCGGUGUCGUCCACCCCUCUCAGCACGCCGUGCAGCUCGGUGCCCUCGUCGCCCAGCUUCAGCCCCACUGACGAGCACAAGAGCAACCUGGAGGAGCUCUACUGGAUGCCCGGUGGCGGCUACCCGCAGCACGUCGACCCUCACGCGCUGGGCCUGACGCCCGAGGACGCCGUGGAGGCCCUGAUCGGGCAUGCUCCACCGCCACACGUGCAGCAGCAGCAGCAACAGUUGCAGCAAGGAGGUGGUUUUGAUGGUUACCGAGCUGCCAUGCAUCAUCACCAUCAACACCAUCAACAUCCUCACGCGCAGCACCAUCCUCACGCGUACGCGACGCUUCAGCCGCACUCGGACGACCUGCACUCUCACACGCAGCAGCAACAGCAUUCUCAUCAGCACCACAGCCAAGACCCGGACAGCCCGUCUCCCACCUCCCCUCAGCUCCAUCACCACCGCCACCACGCGCAGCACGCCACCCAUCACGGCCAUCACGCUCAUCACCAUCACCAGCAGCAUCACGGCAGCGGUAGCGGCGGCGCGCUGAGCCUCCUGGGCGUCGAUGAGCGCUUCUCAGACGAUCAGCUCGUCUCCAUGUCCGUACGCGAGCUCAACCGGCACCUGCGUGGCUUCUCCAAGGACGAGGUGGUGCGUCUGAAGCAGAAGAGGCGCACGCUCAAGAACCGUGGCUACGCGCAAUCCUGCCGCUUCAAGCGCGUCCAGCAGAAGCACGUCCUCGAGAGCGAGAAGACGCAGCUCCUUAACCAGGUGGAGCAGCUCAAGCAGGAGAUCGGGCGGCUGGUACGGGAGCGGGAUGCCUACAAACUCAAGUGCGAGAAGCUGACAUCAGCGGCCGUGGGUUCCAGCGCCGGAGCGGGUGGGUUCCGCGAGGCGGGUUCCACCAGCGACAACCCGUCUUCACCAGAGUUCUUCAUGUGAGUGCUUUUCCUGGGUUCCGUCUCCGUCCUCUCCCGUGCCCAAGAGACUCCGAUACUAAUCGACAUUAUAUCAUGAUUAUUCUACUAAUAACUUACAACAGCAGCUGUACUCUUCAUAUUAGAAAGAAAAAUAACCCACAAACAAUAAUAAUAACAGCAACAAUAAUAAUAAUAUCAAUAAUAAUAAUAAUGUUACUCUAAUCAUCUCCAUCCAUGAGCAAGUUUUUUAAAAAUAAAACUCUUUUUUUUUUAUUUAGUUUUAAAUCAGAAUUACAGGUUAAGGUUUUUUAUUGUUUUAUUUUUAAGGUGUGGUUUUGUUUUUAAACCAGAAUCAUGCAAGUACAAUGCAAGUUUGGAUUUCUUUCUUUGGAAAAGUGGUUGUUUUUAGAUAAACCAUAAACAAACACACACUCACACCCUGAUUUUUUUUUUCUUUCAUUUUGAUAGCACAAAAAAAAAAAAUCAUUAUGAUCACAACGUUGAAUCGAGACACAGAAUCGAGACGCGUGGCACGCUGCGUGUUUGUUCAGCGCUGUAAGUGAUUUAUUUCUUACGUCUCUUUGAUUUUUAGAGCGUUAGCAUCCUGCUCAGUCGUUCAGGACGGAAAAAAAAAGACUUAAUACUGAUGCUAAGAAGAGAGAGAGACAGAGAGAGAGAUAGAAAGGAAGAAAGAGAAAGGGAGAAAGAGAGAGAUAGAGGACCUUUGGACUUUGUUUUUUUCUUUGGACUUCUCCCUCUUGGGUCCAAUAUGUCCUUGUUUUUUUGUCUUCAGAACAAGACAGUAUGCAAAACUUUUAUGCAACGUCUCAUCAGUUUAUUGCCUGCUUGGUUAAAUAAAAGUAAAGAAAAAAAAACACACAAGAUGAAUAUACUGCAUUAAAAUAUUAAUCCUGCAUGCUGGACAUGUACGGUAAUAAUUUCUAUUUUGUACUUCCUUGUUUAUUUUUUCUUUUUCGUGUAUCUUAAAUAGCAUGUUGUUGUUGUUCUCUCUCUUUAUUUGUUUGUUUGUUUUUCUCGUUUCUUCCCAUCGAUGAUGUUUUUUUUUCUGGGACUUCAGACAUGAACCAGUGGCCACAUCACCAGUUACCACGGUCGUUUGUUUGUUUGUUUGUUCAUUUGUUAGUUCGGCGGCUUGUAAAUACAUGCAACAGCAAAAAAAACAAAAAAAAAACAAGAUUAACUAAAUAAAAAAUAAGUCCAGUGCAGCUUUUUGGAUUUUAAGAUUUAUUUUUAAAGAUUUAAAAGACUUUUCUUUUUUUUUUUUGCAGUUGCAUGAAAAGUCAGCCGAGUUUGUAUAUCGAGUGCACUUUUUUCUUUUUCCUUUUUUUCUUUUCUUUUUUAUUUUUUUGCAGACCGUCCUCAAGGAAGACAUAACAAAGGGACACUCUGUGUUCAACUUGAUACACUUUGCAUUUGCUUCGCAAGGUCAUGCAAUAAGAAAGAGAAAACAAAAUGCACGUUUUUACUCUCUCUCACACACAUACACACACACACACACACAUGCAAACCCAGGAUGAAAUUCCUUGAGGAGCGGUCUUCUUGCUCUGCAGACGCCGGGAGUCAAGCGUUGCUCGUGUUUCCUUUCUCAUCUCGACUCGUAGCAGGAAGCGUGCAGUUUUGUUACGUUGCAUAAUCGAUAUCUCUUCUAUAUCGCGAGCAAAUAUCUACGAGUCUCAUCACUUUCUACUCAAGUUGAAUUUUUUUUAUGGUUAUUAUUACUUUUACUGUCAGUUUCAUGAGCUGAAAAUUUCCAGAAAUGAAAAUGAAAUCAAAGCGAUUAUGAUUCUAACAAUUUCUAAAAUCAGGGGUUUGAAUUAAUUUUUGUUUGUUUGUUUUUCAAACUAUAAUUUUCACUUUCUUGUAGCGACUUUGAGCGAUCAAUGUUCGAGCGAUCAAUUGUUUAAUGUUUUCCUGUAAUUUUUUUUCUUCUGCCGGUCAGUUAAAAAAAAAAUUAAAAAAGGAUUCAGGUUUUGCAAAAUAAAAAAAAAUAUCUCCAAAUGAAAAUGUUCUUAUUCAUGUUAUUAUUAUUUGUAUUUUUUUUAUUAUUAUUAUUAUUUCUUUUCUCUCUGUUUUCUGAGAUUCUGGUUCUGCUGGCCAGAUGCAUUAUAGUUAUAGUUAUAGUUAUGGUUUAUUUUUUAAUGAUUAAAUUAACAGAACUUGUCAGAUCAUAUUGAAUAAGCGCAUGGUGCUUGCAUUUAAGAACUGUUGUUAAGAAAAAGAAGAAACAAAAAAAAAAAAGAGUCAUGCAUUUAAUCUUGUUUUUUAUUUAGUUACUGAUUCAACUGUGUUGAAAUCAAAUCUGAAACUGCAGCAGCGGGUUGUUGUUUUUGUUGGUUCAUUUCCUGUCUUAAUGCAAGAGGAUCAAUUUUCAAUCCUGUUUAUAUAUAAAAUAAAUGAGAGAGAGAGCGAAUUGUUAAAUUUGAACUUCCAUUCAGGCUGGUUUCUGUUUCAUCUUAUUAGUUUUUGUUUUUUUGGGUUGUUGUUUUAUGGAAGAAAAUGGUUUCCUAUUUUGCUUAUUAAAGUCAUUGAAAUGGC